CCAGCCAUGUUUCUCUACUGUCUGUUCGCUGUCGGAUUUGCUGCCUUCGUUCAAGCUGGAUUGCCUGAAGCCGGUGGAUUCCGAUAUUCCGUGAACGAUUUCAACGGUAACGAACAAUCGCAUCAGCAGAACCGUGGACCAGGGAACGCCGUUAAUGGCCAGUACAAGGUCCUCUUACCUGAUGGCCGUUUGCAGACAGUAACAUACAUUGCGGAUGCGGCUGGUUAUCGUGCCAAAGUCGACUACACACCUGCCGCCCCUGGAGAAGCAACGACUGCUGGUGCAGGAUUGCCUCCGCCAGCCACUUCGAGGUUAUCUAAUGUCGCAGGAAAUGGAUAUGGUGUUGCAUCAGCAUUCGGCGGAGGUGCGUUUGGUGCUUCUUUCGGAGCUGGGGCUAUUGGUGGUGGUUAUGGAGCAUUUGGGAAUGGAGGAUUCGGAGCUGCUGGAGCAUUUGGGUCUGGAUUUGGAGUCGGUAGCUUUGGUGCCGGAUAUGGCGCAGGGGCUAACUAUGGUGCAGGUGGAAUGGCUGGUGGAUAUGGCAUGGGUGUUGGAGGAUACGGUGCUGCUGGAUUUGGCGCUGCUGGAUAUGGUGCUGGAGGGUAUGGCUCUGGUGGGUUCGGAGCUGGUGGCUAUGGGGCUGGAGGUUACGGAGCUGGUGGAUAUGGUGCUGGAGGUUAUGGAGCUGGAAACUAUGGAGCUGGAGGGCUAGGUGGUGCUUACGGUGGCAGUAGCUAUGGAGCUGGUGGAAGCUAUGGAUAUUCGUCUCCUAUUUACGGAGCUUUAGGUUACAACCCGAUUGGAUAUUCAAGCGCUUCACCUUCGGGAUACUCGUACGGUUAUUCUACACCCUAUUCACAAGUGUAUUCCUACAGCAAUAUCUUGGGUGGUAUGGGCUACUAGAAUCCAUCGUCAAAUCCCUUAAAUAUAUCAUCGACGAAAAUCAAGAAAAAUUGGAGUGUUGCAACUUGUGAUGCAUCUACUGUUUUAGCCCAAUGUAUAAAGCGCAUACUGUAUAAAUGCCGAUAAUAAUCUGGAAACAAACUCUUUCAGCGAGCUGAAUAAAAAAAUUCUUUCAAUUGCAA